ACACAUGCAAUUUUGACUUCCGGCCUUCAGGAAUCAUACAGAAUUAAAUUCAAAAAACGACUGCCAAUAUAAAAUGAAACAGACAGUCGAAGAAAAUCAGUUGACGAGCUCAUCCUUUCGAGAACACAUCCACAAACAUGAACGUCUUCAUCUUCACGGUGUUAUGCUCGAUGACAUCAAUAGCGAUCGGUCAAGAUGACACAACUUGGCAGGAACCUGUUUCGGGACGUGAUUCAAAGUUCGAAUAUGGUCCCGCACCUGUUAGGGCUCCACCUUCUGAACCCAUCGUUGUCACCAUUCCCACCACUGCCAAAGCCACUGCUACUGCAUAUUCUGCUACCCUAGUUCAAUCUGCCUCAGCAGGGCCAGUCAAGUUCCCGGAGCAGACAUCAGCACCAAAGCCCUUAAUGCCUUACAGCUUUGAAUAUGGAGUGAAUGAUGACGCGAUCGGCUUGGAUUUCGGACACAAGGAGAGCAGUGACGGUGCAAUCGUCACGGGGACGUAAUACGUUUUACUGCCCGACGGACGUAUGGAAACAGUCAAUUACAAAGCUGAUGGCAACGGAUACGUGGAAGAAGUUUCCUAUGAAGGAGAGGUCAAAUAUGAUGCUGUCCAAACUCAGCAAUCAGGUGGAAUUACAUCAGGUACUUCCGGACAGUUGCAAGCUUCGUCCAAUUCCGGUGCUUUAUCAACACCUGGUUCAUCCAAUCGUCCUCCACCACCGCCUUUCAUCCCUAGUGGUGCACCUAAAGAACCCACACCGCCAGCCACUGUUCCAGUAAAAGCUCCACAAGUAUCCGUUCCAGUUUGGCCGGCUGUUAAACCGCCGGUGAUCCCUCAGGCUCCUGUUGUUGGCCCUACUCCUUCUGUUGUUCCUGCCACUCCUGCUUUUGUUAAUGCCCCUCCUCCUGUUCCAGUGUAUGGUCCGGAUCCAGCUUCAAACUGGGCACCGGGUUCGUCUCAAUUAUCCCAAGCCCCGGCCGUACAAAUUCCUGGAACUCCAGCGGGAUUCACUCGUUCACCAGUCCAGGCCAUAUCUUACGGUCAAGCUGCUCCUCCAUCUGCAAUUCCAGCGUAUCCGGUUGGACCAAUUCCGUUGACUCAGAGAAACACCCCUAAGCCGCCGUCUAAUCCCUAUUCCAUUUGAACAGUUCAACUUGGUAUGAGAGUAUACCAUUUAUGUCAACGUCAAGCCCUUUUCACAUAAACGGAAUAUGGAACCAUGCUUUUAAAUAAGUUUUAAAUUUAAAUAUAAAAUGACAAUAUC